AUGGCACUCCUCGCGACACUUCUUCAUGCACUAUUUUAUCUUCCACUUUUUGCAACAGCAGCCGUCUUUGAUCUCUCCGAUUUGGACUGGACUUUGAAGAGCAGGAAUGGGUCUGUGGUCGUGCCUGGUCGUGUUCCAUCGCAAGCUCAUCUGGAUUUGGCGAGGGCUGGAGUUAUCACAGAACCUCUGUUGGAGAUCAACGACUUCACCGAGCGUUGGGUAGCGGAAGAGAAUUGGACAUACACGGCGGAUCUCGCUCCGUUUUUCAAGACCCUCAAUUCCAGCAGUAAGACUCUUUUGGUAUUCUGGGGCAUCGAUACUAUUGCCAACAUUACCUUCGCAGGAGAACCUGUAGCUUGGGUAAACAAUCAAUUUCGGCGUCACGUCUUCGAUGUCACCCCCCAUUUGGCUGCAGGCUCCGGAAACCUUACUUUGGAUUUCGAGUCUGCGGUCUCCUACGGGCUGAACGUCAGUAGUAGACCAGACGCUACAUUCUAUCCCGGUGGGAAUGGUGUGUUCGAAUACCCCGCAGCCAGGCACUAUAUCCGAAAGAUUCAAAUUGACUUUGGAUGGGAUUGGGGACCUGCCUUCGUACCGACGGGAAUAUUCAAACCAGCUUUUCUGGUCACUUUAACCAAUGAUAACGGUUCGGUCGAAGUCCCCUCUCAAGACCUCGCCUUCCUUGAGGAAUCUUCGGUAGACAUAUACAAAGAGGGGUCUAAUUUUACGGUUGCUCCUGACCAAUCUGCUGACUGGGUCCUAAACGUCACUUUGGCCAUUCGCUCCGCCGUUCCCAUCGAAUCACCUUCCGUAACGCUGGCUCUCCCUGAAUUAGGCUUGACAUCGAGCCCUCUCGCGAUUCCUUCUCUUCCCGGAAAUUCUGACAACGCUCAGUUGGUCAGUGUUCAGUGGAAAGUCCCUGACUCGGCUCCUCAGCGAUGGUAUCCCCAUAAUCUGGGGACCCCGCAACUCUAUAAUCUGACGGGGACACUGAGCUUGCCUGUGGGGGGUUCUACGUCGAACAUCACCUUCACGGAUCGGACCGGGUUCCGAACGAUCAGACUCAUACAGGCUCCAUACUCCGAAGAGGAUGUUAAAGCACGAGGUAUCCAGCCUGGUGAUCAAUGGCAUUUUGAAGUCAACGGAAAGUCGUUUUAUGUGUUGGGAUCCAACCUCGUUCCGUUCGAUCCGUUCUACUCUAGGAUCAGCACAGAACAAGUUCGUUGGGUAUUGGAGAGUGCUGUACAGAGCGGACAGAAUAUGCUUCGUGUCUGGGGAGGUGGUAUAUACCAACCGUCCGAGGCGGGUACUGCAGGUGGUCUAUACGACUUCUAUUCCAUCUGUGACGAACUUGGCAUCUUCGCCUGGUCGGAAUUCUUAUUCUCAGACGCUCUCACCCCGAUCAAUGACUUCUUCCUGGAGUCGGUCGAACCGGAAGUCCGACAGAAUGUGAGACGAGUGAACAAGCAUCCCAGCGUAGCGCAGUGGGCUGGCGGUAAUGAGAUAGAGGGAAUUGCCAUUGCUACCAACACCUCUUUGGCCAAUGGAACGGUCUACCUUGAUCAGUUUGUUUUUAUGUUCCAAGAAUUCCUUCACGACAUAGCUCUUUCGGAAACGCGUUCAGUUCCUUACACCGACUGCUCCACCAAUAACGGUCUCCUCAGCCUGGAUCCUUACAUCCUGAGACUUAACAAUAAGACAGCCGGAAAUCUUUACGGAAACGCUGAGCGGUUUGAUUACGACGCUAGCCAUGCAUUCGAUUAUAGUACUUAUCCCGUCGCCAGGUUCGUGAACGAAUUUGGGUUCCACUCCAUGCCGUCUUUCUACACCUGGCAGGAAGCCCUCACCUCGCCGGAAGACUUUUCCUUCAAUUCCACUGUCGUCAUGUCUCGAGACCACCAUCCGCCUGCUGGAGGUCUUGCGUUCCCCAACCCCAACGCACCUGAAGGCCAACGGGAAAUGACAGCGGCCGUCGAGAUGUGGUUACCUCGUCCAGGAACCUCCGACUCCAAUCAGACCUUUGCUCAGUGGUGUUACAGUACGCAGGUCUUCCAAACGAUGACGAUCACCUCCGAAAUUGCCUGGUAUCGUCAUGGUGCUGGACAGGCGGAGAAUAACCUUGGCGGUAUUGUCUGGCAGCUUAACGACAUCUGGCAAGGUGUUAGCUGGUCGAGUAUCGAAUACUCUGGGAGGUGGAAAGUCUUGCACUAUGGAUUGGCGAGGGCGUUUUCACCUGUCAUUAUUCAUCCGUUCUGGACACCAUCCAAUCAGUCAUUGGAGGUUUUGGUGACCUCCGAUCGUUGGUUCGAUGUAUCGGGCACUGCGCAGUUGACGUGGUAUGAUUGGUCUGGGAAUGUUUUGAACACGAGCAACCAUCAAUUUACGAUUCCGACGCUCAAUAAUUCGCUUAUCCUGAAACAACAAGGGUUGGAUGAAAUAUUACCUGAGGGGAAGGAUGAAAGCGAGGUCUGGCUGCUUUUGAAUCUUACUGCUGAAGUGGAUGGACGAACUGUUACGAAUGAGCAAUAUUUCACGCCUACAUCACUUGCCAAUGUAACUCUGAAGGACCCGGAAAUAGCAGUAACGAGGAAUUCCGAUUUUACGUUCACCCUAUCCGCCAAAGGUGCUGUCGCUCCUUGGACGUGGAUUGAGCAUCCAUUCGGUACUAUUGGAACUUUCGUCGAUGUGAGCACUGGCGUAUUAUCGAAUGGAUUCUAUCUUGUACCUGGGAUAGAUCGUACUGUGAAAUUCAUUUUGAAUCCAUCGGUUUCCAAAGUGUUGAACCCUGAUCCGGCUGAGUUCGUGGUUAGAUCCUUGUGGAACAAUACGCAUACUGGGUUUGAGUCGGUGGAGGAAUUCCCGGUUGAUGGGCAGGACUUCAGCUGGAACCAAAUCCCUAUUACUCCAUGA